AACCUUAAUCAAUUUGGAACCCAAACUUAUCCGUUGAACCACCGCAGCCCGGCGUCCCCGUCCAUCUGCCGUCGUUGUUUCUGACGACCUAGCUUCCUUGCAAAGACUCAACUCAAUUCCAGAUCGGCGAAACCCAAUCCAGACUCGUAUUGCCAAACCGCUCCGCAAAGAUCGGAGCAUCGUGGCCUUUUUUUUUUUUCUCGUUGUGAAUGAUAGUGGACGAUGAAUAUGUCAUAAUUGGAUCUGCAAAUAUCGAUCAGCGAUCCAUGGAAGGUACCCGAGAUACUGAAAUAGCAAUGGGAGCAUAUCAGCCUCAUCAUACUUGGGCAAGAAAGCUCUCACGUCCACGGGGAAAGGUAUAUGGAUAUAGAAUGUCACUGUGGCAAGAGCACAUAGGACUUGUUGAAGAAUGUUUCAAGCAGCCAGAGAGUCUUGACUGUGUCCGAAGGGUAAGGACUCUGAGUGAGCAGAACUGGAGCCAAUACGUAGCUGAUGAAGUGACGGACAUGAACGGUCGUCACCUCCUGAGAUAUCCUAUUGAAGUUGAUCAAUUCGGAAAUGUGAUGGCUCUUUCCGGGUGUACAGACUUUCCAGACGUCAAUGGAUACAUAUUGGGGAGUCCCGGCGACAUAAGGAACAUUCUAGGGAUCAGAAGGUUUGUGCCGUGGGAAUUACCAUUCCCAUGGAAGAAGAGAGAAAAUGUCACCACCUGCUCUAUCAUGUGA